AUGCUCGUCCAACAGCGUUAUAAUUUUGAGGAAGAGCGUGACGUUAACCUUCUGGCCAAUGAUCUGAGUUUAUUGAAUUGGGAAAGUCCUCGCCUGUUGGUGUCCAUAUUGUUAAUUGUCUCUGUCAUUUUCCUGCUCCUUGGCAUGUUCCAUCCAGCUGUGUUGACCAUGUUAGGAUGGUUUGGCCUGACCAUGAGUGUUGUUGAUUUCAUUGGACCUACUCUAUCUGCCAGGGUCGCCCCCGAAAUGCAUCCACUGGAAGCACAAAAACGAUACCGAGAAUUUUGUCGCCGUUUGGUCCAUGCCCGCUAUUUGGUGAUAAACUUUUUCACAUUUCUCCAAGAGCUGCGCGCAAAUCAUCCUAUCGCCUAUUUAUUUACCUCUCUCUCCCUGUUGAUGAUCGGGAUCUUCGUUGGCAGGCAUAUCAACGAUCUUCUUCUGCUUUACAUCUUAACCAUUGUUUGCAUUUUGACUCCUGGAUUAAGAUACAAAGGCUUCUUCACGGUCAGAAGUAACGUUUUAGAUUCCACUCCUGAAGUUGGACUAAGCGAUGUCUUGGGUCGAGAAAGAUCCAAUGUAUUAAGAGGAAUCACCACCAGUCUCAACCUGACCGGUCACAAUUUACGUAAAUUCUCCGCUCUGUGGAACGUUCCGGCUCUUCUAAUGCGUGUCCAUCAUUUAGGCAUGAGUUACGCGCACAACGACGUCGAAAGCAUGACCAGUCAACCGAAAGCUACAAGUUAUAUUAUCGACAAGCACCUCAUUCAAUGGAACGCACAUGGCUUAAACCCAGUGGUCAAGCGCACACUAACUAACCGGAAGGUUUGUAGUUUGAAACAAACUCCGGUGUUAAGACUACUUCUGUCUAGGUUUAAGCAACUUGGUAGUAUCUCAAUCCUCUUGUUUCCUUCGGGUGGCAUGGCAGCUGGGCGCCGAAAUGGCCUUAGAGCUGAACGAUUCAAGCAAAACCAGUCCAGUAAUAGACUGGAAUGGCAGUCAAACGGACGGGAUAAAUUGCGUGGGAUCUCAAGACCAGAGCAUAUAUUUACGGUAGAAAAACAUAUUGGGGGUACCGCGCUAAACAAAUCAAAAAAUGUACAGUGA